AUGGAUGGGACGGACGGCACUGGCAAGCGAAAGCUCCCCCUUUUCAGUUCCAACAUUCCAAUUGACCGCCGUCGCCAAUCCACCGUCCGCUGGCAUCGUCUAUUCCGUUCACUACUGUACCUGAUCGCAUGGAUCUUUCUGCUACUGGUAGUCAUUGGCAAUAUAGCAGACAAGCCAGUCCUACGCAGUACAUAUUUUCUUUACCUUGAUCUCUCCAGUAUCAUCCCAGUCUCGGUCCCCAAUGCCGUCCUCAUCAACUCCAUCGCCCAGACCAUCGGGCUACACGACUUCUACACGGUCGGCCUAUGGAACUUCUGCGAAGGAUACAAUACACAGGGCAUUACCUUCUGCUCCAAGCCGAAGACUCUUUAUGCCUUCAACCCAGUCGAGAUCAUCCUGAACGAGCUGUUGGCUGGUGCUACGAUCGCCCUCCCCUCUGAUAUCGAAAGCCCAUUAAAACUAGCCCGUCUCGCCUCCCACUGGAUGUUCGGACUCCUCCUCAGCGCCGCAGUCCUCAACUUCGUCAUGAUCUUCGUCGCCCCGCUCGCGGUCUCUGCACGACACCCACGCUACAUCAAAGCCUGGGCAGCAGGCUACAACGACCAACAACCGGCCAGCAAUCCACCGCACCGCCGAUGCACCUUCGUCUGGCUGCGUGCCCUACCCAUGCUGAUCCUGACCUUCUUCACCGCAUUAAUUACCAUUGUUGGCUCCGCCGUCGCGACAGUCAUGUUCGUCAUCUUCGCCGACGUCUUCGCCAAUGCCGACCCGAGCAUCAACAUUAAAGCGCACGUCGGCACCCAGAUGCUCGUCUUUAUGUGGAUUGCCUGCGCGUUCAGUUUGUUGGCUUUCAUUAUCCAGUUCGGCUCGUGCUGUGCCGCCUGCUGUCGCGGACGUAGUGCGCGUAAGCAGCUCAAGUCGCAGGGUGUCAAUUGGCGCGAGAAGGGUUCGGCGCAUACCAGUGCGACUGAUAUUCCGAAGGAGCAGCGUGAUGUUUCGGAGCGCCGUGUUAGCUCUGGUGAAUCUGGACAGGCACAGCCGAAUGGGAACUUCUCGUCUAAUCCGCAUUACUCCUACUCUUCGACUGAACCCCAUGCCAUUUUGGGUUGA